GCCGAGGUCCAGAAAAUACGCCUAACGCCUAGAGAAUCCUUGCCUACGCCUACCUAGUACCUUCUAUGAUUACCUAAUCAGCCCCUAAUUAUCACAACACUCCUGAACGUUAACUGUAGGUCUUCAUCAAAAAGAGGAUUCAACAAUAAAAAAAAGAAAUGAAAAUAACAAAUGAGAAUAAACUUUACUGAAAGUUUUACCAUUGGGGAAGGCAAUUUAGGAGGAUAAUCUCAUGACCGAAGAUGUGCGGAUUUAGUGCUAAGUGUGCACGGCGGGCGCAAUUGAAAGAACUCAAAGGCGGGGGCGGGGGUUUCCAGUAUUAUAAUUCAGUUCGUGUUCUUCAUUACGUACUUACACCCCAUUUACACACGCUUCCAUCCAUAUAAUCAACCCUCAAAAUGCCCCUGUAAAUAAAUUACUAGGUAGGUAGGUAUAGAUUUGUUACUAUUGACACGCUAGACACCAUCAAGAAGACGUUGAACAAUGUCCAUGAUAAUCAACGGAAAAGGUACAUGCCUAACAACAUCCUUGUUUACAAAGAUUCCUGCUGUUUAAACAAAGAAUUAGGAAACAAUGGAAGGUCCGUAAUGAAUAUAUAUGGGUAUCUAUACACAAGCUCGCCAUAGAACAGAUUGCACAAUAGAUUAACAAAGGAACUGGAGUUGAGCUUUUCAAAGUUCGAUUCAACCGCAAUUUAUGAAAAACAUGGAUCCUUCAAUACUACAAGCAACGCCUUCGGAGCCUGCAUUGCACGUUUGCAUACGGAGCCUUUGCGAAAACCCACCUGCUCUUGACAGUUUCAGAUGUGCUUAUCAUGAGAAAGAGUUGGAGGACGCUAUUGCAGAACGUAAACGAAAAAGAAGAUUACGGUUAUGCUGCUACACGGAAUGUUAUGAACCGCGUUUCGAAAACGAAAUAAAAUGCGAGGCACACUUGGAAAAUCCGGGAAUUGUGUGCUCUACAGAAGGAUGCUAUAACCCGGUUCCGGAAAAUCGAAAAAUAUGCCUCUAUCAUGCUGAGCGGGCUCGGGAAAACUACGUUAUCAGAACCCAAAGGGCUAGAGAGGGAGGUGUGUGUAUGGAAGGACGUUGCAACGAACCAAGUGCUCCCGGCAUACUCAGAUGUCCUAAACACGCAAAACGUAGAAAUGAAGCCAACAAAUCUUACCGAUAUACCGCCUCUAAUGGGUUCAGCGUAUGCUCUUUUACGGCUUGUCAAGAGCUACCUGUCGAAGAUGCAACGAUGUGCAAGCGACACCUAGAACACAAAGCCCUCCAGAACCGUAAACUUCGUGAGAGUCGGCGGGCGAAGGGCCUUUGUACAUGUUGUAAUCAGCCGCGGGCUUCAGAAAGUAAAGCGUACUGCCUUAAGCACCUAACUAAUGCACGUGAAAGAGGCAGGAAAAUCGCUAGGUUGGGUAGGCUUCGUCUUAAGCAAGAAAGAGAAGAGUUAAAAAAUGCUCAAAGGUCCGAGAACCCUGAAGGUAACGUCCAAGGUACAGUUACUACAACACCUCGAGAGUCGGAUAACCUAGGUCUUGCCUUCUAUC